ACAUGGCGGCGUACGCUUCGCGCUUGACAACGGGACGAGUUUUAAGAUUUAUAUUAAAAGGGUCAUGUUGGUCGAAAGGCGUUUGCUGUGCUGUUAGAGGUUGUUCAACAUUAUCUCUGGGACAUUCAUCCCUGUCAGGACCUUGGGCUGCCCAUAGACACAGUGGACUGGUCAGCCACUAUGAAAGCCUGGUGCAGUCUGGGUCACUUCGAAAGGAUGCCCAGCAGAGAGCUGCACUUUUUCAAUUAGAACAGUUAAAUGGAGUGAUGGGAGCCUAUACCAACAUCCCUAUCUCUCUCCCUCAUCCUAAAGACUGUAUUUUAAAGAGUCAAUUCAACAAUGACUCAGAACUGGAGAAUAAAGGAAAGUCAAGGAGAAGGGGGGCAGACAGAAUAGUUUGCAGUCCAGAAGAAAUUGUGUCAAAGGAAAAAGGACAUGAUGCUAAUGACACAGAGGAGACCACUGCCACCAGCCACAAUAAUGAGCUACAGAGAGAUCUGGAAGUCAGUGCGAAGUCACACGCUGUCAUCCAAGGACGCUGUGCCUCACUGCUCAAAGAGCAUUCACCCAAAAAAAGAGAGUCUCCAAAGUCACCUCCUCCCCGUGGUUUCUAUAUUCAUGGUGAUGUUGGUACUGGAAAAACAAUGCUGAUGGAUCUUUUUUACUCAUUUGUGAAAAACAGCAGAAAAAAGAGGGUUCAUUUCAAUGCAUUCAUGUUAGAUGUUCAUAGAAGGAUCCACAAACUGAAACGGAGCCUGCCAAAUCGAAGAAUAGGUAAAAUGACAAUGUAUGACCCCAUCUUUCCGGUUGCCAUGGAGAUCGCUGAGGAAACCUGUCUCAUAUGCUUUGAUGAGUUUCAGGUGGUGGACAUAGCAGAUGCUAUGAUUCUGAAGCAGUUAUUUGAGGGGUUGUUCAAGUGUGGGGUCGUAGUUGUUGCCACCUCAAACCGACCACCUGAAGAACUGUACAAAAAUGGGCUUCAGAGGGCUGCUUUUGUGCCUUUCAUUGGUGUACUCAAGGAGCACUGUCAUGCAAUAAAUCUUGACACUGGAAUAGAUUACCGGACGAGAGAAAUGGAGCUUGCAGGAAGACUAUACUACAUAUCAAGUGAGCCUGAUGCUGAGAAUGCUGUCAAUACGCUAUUUGAGGAACUGGCUUACAGACAAAAUGAUGUAACCAGGCCAAGAGUGUUGAAUGUGCAGGGAAGAGAAGUAACCCUUAGCCGGACCUGUGGAACCAUCGCAGACUGCACCUUCCAAGAGUUGUGCGAGAGACCAUUGGGUGCUGGGGAUUAUAUAGAAAUCGCACGGCAGUUUGACACGGUCAUCAUACGGCAUGUUCCUCAACUUCGACUUGCGAUGAAGGACCAAGCCAGACGCCUCAUCACUCUCAUUGACAGCUUUUAUAACCAAAAGGUUAGAGUGGUAAUGUUGGCUGAUGCACCAUUAGACCGUCUCUUCAAUCAGGCACCGAUGACUGGAGAGGAGGCGAGAGAUCGCUUAAUGCUAGAUGAACUCGGCCUAACAGAUGAGGCCAGUGAGCGGUUGACACUGUUCACAGCAGAGGAGGAGAUUUUUUCUUCCCAGAGGACGCUGUCUCGACUCACAGAGAUGCAAACUGAACAAUAUUGGAUUGGUGGGGAUCGGAGUCAAAUGUAUACUAUAACUCCCCUGCUGUCAACUACCACUUAAUAACAGAACCCAGAUUAAACAUCUUUAUAUCACCCUUAUUAUGACCUCCCAAAACAUUUAGUACAGAUAUAUCACCAUAAAUAGAUGCAAACUUUAUGGAUUGUUUUAUUGCUUCCACAUCAUAAAAGCAAUUGGAAACAUCCAUAUGCUCACAGUUCUAUUAAUAUGCAAAUCUAAAGCACAGUUGCAUAGUUGUAGAGGGAUACACGUGGAAAAUGGGAAGAUGUCUAGCACCCUCUUGUGGAUUGUGCAAUUUGUGGUUUUAGUUUGGAAAAACAGAGUCCCAACAUUCAAGGAUAUAUGAGGGAAAUGGUAUUUAAAAUGUAAAGGCAAAAUAUAAAUAUAAUAUACAAAUGUGAAUUUCUGCUGUUAUGCUUGCUUACAGUAAAUUGUAGAAAUGGUUUAAUUAAGACAUCAUCUUGCACUUGUUUUGAAAAUGUUUAAUUCUAGACUGGAAAAUAAAAUGGUUGCAAUUAUUUUAAAUUCAUGUAUAUGUCUUCUUUGGACCAGCCUUGAUGACGAU